AUGCUACUUACCGCUAUUUGGAAGGAUUGGUCAACCGAUAGACUGAAUGACGAAUCAGACAUUAUGGUCGAGUACGCCAAAAAGGGAGCGUUUUUUUCUCGGUUAUACUUCGGACUUGGCGUUUUCUGUACCAUAUGUUUUAUUCAACUAUCUGUAUCACCAUAUAUUUUAGACAUAAUUUCACCGAAUAACGAAACGCGAGAUUUAAUAUACAUUUAUCCAGCUUAUUAUUAUAUCGAUGACCGGAAGUACCGUAUGUUUAUAAGUUUUCAUAUGACAUAUACGAUUAUUUCAACAUUUUUUCUGUUUGUCGGCUGUGAUACGAGUUACAUAUAUAUGGUGCAACACGCCUGUGGGCAGUUAGCGGUGGCUGGACAUCGUUUCAAGAAUGCGAUUUCAGAUUUGACUAUCGACAAUGAAAAGAGUGGCAUGCAAGAUAAGAGUUAUGAGAGAGUGCUUCAUUCGAUUCGAGAACACCAAUAUGCUACAAAGUCAGUACUGAAAUUAGAAAAACAUUAGUUUCCAUCAUUCUCUUGUUAGCUUAUUUCAAUUAUUUAGCUUAUUUGUCUACAAAGACAUUAACAACAACUAUGUAUUUCAUACAAGGGGGUGUCCUAUCGUUUGAUGUUAAUGUUGUUUGGAAUAUAUAAUUUUGCUUGUUUCACAAAAAUAUUUAAUUCGAACACCAUGGUGUGAUGUAUCACCUUAGUUGAUGAUAAGUAAUGAUACAUUGACUUUCUAUCAUUAAUUGGAUUCUUACUGCACUAUAGUAUAACAAUUAGCUAACACGUGUUCUUGAAUAUUCUCAAACAGUAUAAAGAAUAGUCUAAAUAAUUUUGUGAGACUUUAAUACGUUUACUUCCGUGUAUCACAUAUGUAUGUAUACUAUUGAACUUUUUAUGGACAACGGCCUGUUGAUCCUGUUUCGAUGCCAUCAAAUCAGUUACCUGAAGACUAUUCAAACUAGUCAUUCCGUUUAUCUGUGCAUUGUCAUCGGUAUGUCAAUGGCAUCUUUCACAGUCUCAUUGGUAAAGGUAAGCUUUUCGGUCUAAUCUCGUACUGAUUCCCAACAGUCGAAAUUACCGUGCUUCAAAACAGGUUGCGUCACAGUCGGAAAUUUCUGGAAUGCUCAUCAAGGACUGUGU